AUGGAUUCUGAAGAAGGAACACAACAACCCCAGCUAGUUCUGGCACACAAACUAUUCCGUUUAACACAUCCAGAUGUCAAUGACUUAGACAAAGUUCGUCUCCGUGAAGAAGUAUUGGAAGCUGUACUCUCCAAUGAUAUGGUACCGUUGUAUGAAACCCUAGUUACUAAUGGGGUUUUGAGUUUGGAUCAGAAGGUUCUAGAUUCUAUGCGUGCUAAAAAUUGUGAUGAGCUCAAAAAACUCGAUGACAAGAUUGCUGAUGCAGAAGAAAACUUAGGUGAAAGUGAAGUUCGGGAAGCUCAUUUGGCAAAAUCAUUGUUCUACAUUCGGAUUGGUGACAAGGAGAAAGCACUUGAACAACUCAAGGUGACCGAGAGCAAAACUGUUGCAGUUGGGCAAAAGAUGGACUUGGUGUUCUACACCUUGCAGAUGGGAUUAUUUGACUUGGAUUUUGACCUCAUCUCUAAAAGCAUCGACAAGGCAAAGAAAUUAUUUGAAGAGGGGGGUGACUGGGAGAGAAAGAACAGGUUGAAGGUGUAUGAAGGGCUGUUCUGCAUGUCCACUCGUAACUUCAAGAAAGCAGCAGAUCUUUUCCUAGAUUCUAUAUCAACUUUUACCACAUAUGAGCUUUUUCCUUAUGAUACUUUCAUAUUUUAUACGGUGCUUACGAGCAUCAUUACCUUGGAUCGGGUUUCCUUGAAACAGAAGGUAGUGGAUGCACCAGAGAUCUUGACAGUAAUUGGAAAGAUUCCAUAUCUGUCCGAGUUUAUGAACUCAUUAUAUGAGUGUCAGUACAAGUCAUUUUUCUCCUCAUUUGCUGGCUUGACGGAGCAUAUCAAAUUGGAUCGCUACUUGCAACCACACUUCAGAUAUUAUAUGAGGGAGGUCAGAACAGUUGUGUACUCCCAGUUCCUGGAGUCCUACAAGAGUGUUACUAUUGAGGCCAUGGCCAAGGCUUUUGGGGUGUCUGAGGAUUUCAUCGACUUGGAAUUAUCUCGGUUCAUUGCAGCUGGGAAGUUGCAUUGCAAGAUUGAUAAAGUAGCAGGAGUAUUGGAAACUAAUCGUCCUGAUGCAAAGAAUGCUCUUUAUCAGGCAACGAUCAAGCAAGGGGACUUCUUGUUGAACCGCAUUCAAAAGCUUUCUCGUGUCAUUGAUCUCUGA